AGAUUACUUCCGCCCGCCUGCCGCGUUGAACGCAGAUUGUACAACGCGUUUUGCCUGAAAAGAAAAACAGUUUGGACUCGAAGACCUACUCCAAGCCUGGGAUAUUUUACUUAAAAUUCUUCAUGUUUGCCUUUUAAAAGCAAAGCGGAGGCAACUUUUUUUUUCAAGAGUGACCGCCCAAGAACCCCAAGGCGUCUUGACUGGACUUCCCAAACACAAUAAACUGCCCGAAUUUGCCAAUGACAUAAACAAGGAUUUGCAGACUCUUCCUGGGGUCGAGUUGGCCAGCCCCAACACUGUUGGAUUUUUGUGGUAACGUUGUAAAGCUGAAAGGAAGCAGAUUUGCCAGUCACCAUGCCGGCCCUCUCCACCAGAAACAGCAGUGAGAUAGGUCUGUAUGAGCUGUUGUCUGUACUGCCAUCUCAGCUGCAGCCUCAUGUUGACAGCGCAGAUGACCGCUCUUUUCUACACGCUAUGUUUGGGGAGAGGAGUCUACAUUCAUUGGUCAAGAUCCAUGAGAAGUUACAGAGUUAUGAAGACCGUGCUCCGACUCCAGUACUGGACAGCGCCGGCUCACUGGCUCAAGACUUGACAGAGGAACUUCAAGGAAGAACUGCAAGUAAUGAGAUCAGAGAGCUUGUCAAGCUACUGUCCAACCCACAUAUAAAGAGUUUGUUGUCGGUUCAUGAUACCGUGGCCAGGAAGAGUUACGAUCCAGAACUUCCUCCUCUGCCAGACGACAUUGAUGAUGAAGAAGAUUCUGUCAAGAUCAUUCGACUGGUCAAGAAUAAAGAGCCGUUGGGUGCCACCAUAAAGAAGGAUGAACACAGUGGAGCAAUCAUAGUGGCACGCAUCAUGAGGGGCGGGGCAGCAGACAGAAGUGGACUGAUACAUGUCGGAGAUGAGCUGAAAGAGGUUAAUGGUAUCACGGUAGAUGACAAAAAGCCUGAGGAAAUAAUUCGCAUCCUGUCCCAGUCGCAAGGUGCCAUCACAUUCAAAGUGGUCCCAGGCAUCAAAGAGGAGGCACAAAGCAAAGAGCCCAAGAUGUUUGUAAAGGUGCUUUUUGACUACAAUCCAGCUGAGGAUAAGGCGAUCCCUUGCAAGGAGGCAGGCUUGGCAUUCAAGAAGGGAGAUAUCUUGCAGGUUAUGAGCCAGGACGAUGCCACCUGGUGGCAAGCCAAACUGGAGGGUGAUGGCAACCUGCGCGCAGGACUCAUCCCAUCCAAACCAUUUCAGGAGAGGAGGUUGGCAGCCUGGAGACCCAUGACCGUCACGACUCUUCAGAGAACCCCCAGCAAAAGAUUUUCGGGUCUCCGGAGGAGUUUUCGUCUCAGCAGAAGGGAUAAGAAGACAAAUAAGUCCAUGUAUGAAUGUAAGAGAAGUGAGCAGUACGACACAGCUGAUGUGCCCACUUAUGAAGAGGUGACGGCUUACCACAGAAAACACGGAGACAGGCACAGACUUGUCGUGUUGGUUGGUCCUACUGGUGUUGGUUUGAAUGAGCUCAAAAGGAAGUUGUUGAUAUCCGAUCCACAACAUUUUAGUGUUACCAUCCCACACACAUCUCGAUCGAAGAGACAUCAGGAAAGCGAUGGAGUGGAGUAUUAUUUUAUCUCCAAACACCUUUUUGAUGCAGACAUUCAGAACAACAAGAAGUCAAGUUACUCUUGCUGUUGGCAUUCAAGCCUGACUGUGCUGCAAGGAAACAGGUUCAUUGAACACGGAGAGUAUAAGGGAAACUACUAUGGGACGAGCUUCGACUCUGUACGUUCAGUCCUGUCCAAAAACAAGGUUUGCCUUCUAGACGUACAGCCACAUUUUGGGAAGUCUGUAAUACCAGGAGAGAGCAUUCCCAUUCAUCUCAGUGGCACAGACAUCUUUAAUGGAACGCUAAAGCAUCUUCGCACAGCUGAGUUCAAGCCCUAUGUAGUGUUUGUGAAGCCUCCAUCCAUCGAGCGUUUGAGAGAGACCAGGAAGAACACAAAAGUCAUCUCAGGCAAAGAUGAUAAGAACUCGUCCAAACCUUUCUCGGAGGAGGACUUCCAGGAGAUGAUCAGUACCGCUCAGAUGAUGGAAAACCAGUACGGUCACCUCUUUGAUAAGGUCAUUGUGAACGAUGACCUCACGAUUGCCUUCAACGAGCUCAAGCAGGCGCUCAGGAAAGUGGAGACUGAAGCUCACUGGGUGCCCAUCAGCUGGAUGCAUUCCUGAGUGUCAGCACAAAACAGGACAAAAAGAACAAGGGAACAAGGCAUCAAAUUUGGGGGAAACUAAGGGAAGGACUUUAAGAACUGUGAAAGAUUUUUAUUUUUGGCUGUAGAUGGUGAUGGAAAUAUUUUAGUUGUCUUAACACAUCUGAAGUGGUUUAUCUGUUUAUAGGUUUGUUUUUGUUUUGUCAUGGUGGAUAUAGCUGACCAGUUGUAACUGCACUCAGAAAGUCAGCAAACUCCGCUGCUGAGAGAGUGUUUCAGACUGCCAAUCAAGUGGUCUGGUGGUGUCGACCACUCCUUAGUGUAUUUUUAACAUUAGUUUAUAGAAACCAAAGGGAUGAUUAUUAUUCUGUGUUCAAAGUACACAUUUUUGUAUUUCAGAACUUGUAAUCCACUGUAGUCCAUUGGCCUGUUACUCUGCAGCUAGUUUAAUCAGCACAGCAUUAACAAUAUAUAUGGGGGGGGGGCAUCAAGUGAUGUUCAGUGGGCCCAAAGUGAUUUUAUUUAAAUAGAAAAUUAAUAUAUUUUGAUAUUUCUGGGACUUUUUUUUACCCCAUUCCCUGAUGAGAUUUUUAAAUUAAAAUCAGAGCUGUGAGGAUUUAUUUAGCCUUUUUAGUGAGUGCUCAUGGCUGAUCAAAGCCUCAGGGUCCCUGUAGACAGAGCCUUUAUUAAUGUACAGUAUAACCCGAUGUGUGCAGAAGCUGACUUCUUUCUUUUGGUUCCAUCUUUCUGUUUCUCUCUAUUCCCUUUUCCUUCCAUUUUCAUUUUCCUUUAUUGCCCAGUCCACAAGAACUAGCUGUUGUUGAGGGCAGGCAUUUGGAAAGGACAUAUGAGAGAAUGUACUUAGUCUGAGCUGAUUAGUCUAGAGUCUUGGAAGCCUAACAGCAGCACUUCCACAAUUGAAUCUCAGUGAAAUUAAUGUGAAAUGGUAACCUUGAAUGUUACAAGGCAUUUCAGAUGGGAUUAGUUCACCCAAAAAUGAAAAUUCUGUCAUAAUUUGGUUCUUUUGAAUAACUUUGAGGACUUUAAUAUAGAACAUGAGUCAUAUGGACUUCAAUGGUAAUUUAUUAUUUUUGGUGCUCAACAGUCCCCUUCCAACUUAACUUGUGUGUAACACAUACAUAGGAAGAUUGUCAUAUGGAUUUGUAACCACUAGUGAUGCUCUAAAAUCUCUAAAAGUACUGAAACAGGUCAAAACUGGCAAAAAAAAAAAUUGUUUCCAGCCUAAAUAGAUGUGAUUGAACCAAUGAUGUUUAAUUAACACUUCUCUGAUGAUGCAUUUUGACCGUGUCACAAUCUAUUUUGUGCACAUAAAGUGAAUAAGGUAAAAAAGGGUUUACAUGUCAGCAGUUUGGAUGUAUUUCACAGUGAGAAAAAAGAAAGCUAAAGUAGCUAAAUGUAAAAUUUGUUCAACUGAAAUAUCAAGAGGUGGCUCAUUUCAAAAGACUGACUGCUUUAAUUUAAUUUAAUUAUAUGAGAACAUUACACCCUGAAGAUACUCAAAUUUAAUCAAACAACCUUUAUUUUCAGUUUUCGACUAAAUUACAAAUUUAAGUUGAUGAUUUUCGGUGUUAGUUAAAAAAAAAAAAUGUAUAUAUAUAUUUUGGUGCAGCACUAGUAGCAACAUGAGGGUGCGUAAAUCGUCAUUUAUUGGGUGAACUACAGUAGGUAAGGUCUUUUCAGACAUCAAAGGGAUAAAGAUAUGUCACUAAAUGCAUGUUUUUGUUGUCAUUUUCUUCUUUUAUUUGUCAGUCUCUCACUCUGUACUGUUAGUGUAUUUAGUUUAGUCCUACAGUCCACAUAAACACAAAUCAUAAUCAAGGUGCACUGAUGUUUGUUCAUUUGCUUCACUGUUAUGUUUGUCCUUGCCUUCUUUUUCAUAUAUUUCUGUUUUUAUUUUCAUACAAAAGUGAUUCAUACCUUUUGUCAAGCUUCAAAGUCUUUCUUAAAUGAAAUAUGCAAAGUGAAUAUUGAAUCAGAGGAAUUUUGUGGAAGCCUCAUCUGAACAACAAUUCAUGUUACCUGUAUUGUUUCGUUCUGUCAGUGAUCAUGAGUUUACAACCUGUGCUGUUAUAAAACAUCUCCAAAUGGACAUUAAAUAUGUCAAUCGGU